AUGGUUGAUGAUCCACACCCUCCGCUUCAUGAGUACCACCAGUCAGGAGACCGAAUCAUUGGAGCUAUCGCUUCCCACACUUUCAUCAUCUCCAGUGCAAUCAGCUUCAUUGAAAAACCCCCAUCACCUUUGCCUGAAGAGCUUGCUGCUGUACCUAAGAAUUAUCAGCACAUCCUGGCCUUGGCAUUUGCAGUAAAAGAGAUCAAUGAAAACCCUCAGCUCUUACACAAUGUCACCUUGGGCUUCCACAUCUAUGACAGCUAUUUCACUGACAAGUGGACCUACCAUGCUACAAUGCUACUCAUAUAUACCCUGGGAGGUUUUGUUCCAAAUUACAACUGUGAUGUCCAAACUAACCUGAUUGGAGUCAUUGGGGGACUGGACCCCCCAACCUCACUUCAAGUGGCAACACUGGUGGAUAUUUACAAGAUUCCACAGCUCAUUUAUGGCCCUGCUCCAGUGAUGAAUGACAAAACACCAGGCAUCCCUUUCUACCAGAUGGUGCCCAGAGAAGACAGUCAGUUUGCAGGAAUUCUUUCUUUGCUUCUGCAUUUCAGGUGGACUUGGAUUGGACUCCUAACUAUGGAUAAUGACAAUGGAGAAAGAUUUGUGCAAAGUGUGGUUCCGUCUUUUUCUCAGAGUGGUAUCUGCUUUGCCUUCAUAGAAAGAAGUCAAACGUUUACCGUUGUCACUGAUAUUAAUGACAUGUUUAACAAGGGGGGUAAAAUACAUGAUAAAAUCAUAGACAGUAAAGCCCAUGUAGUGGUGGCAUAUGGAGAAUCUUAUGGGAUUGUGUUCUUGAGAUGGUUUCCAUAUCUGUCAGGACAAGAACAUAUAAAGAAGAAGUCAAAAGGUAUAGUGUGGAUAAUAACAGCCCAGACUGACCUCACUUCAAUGGUGUAUCAGAAGACUUGGGAUACAGAAAUAAUCCAUGGAUCUCUCUCAUUUACAAUUCAUGCCAAUGAUCUACCAGGAUUUCAAGAAUUUGUUAGAAGCAGAAACCCAUCCAGUGCCACAGGAGAUGGUUUUAUCAAGGACUUCUGGCAACAGGCCUUUGGCUGUGUAUUCCCAAAUACAGAUGCAGUCAAGGUGGAUGGAGACAUUUGCACUGGGGAGGAAAAGCUAGAGAGUCUGCCUGCAUCUUUUUUUGGAAUGAGCAUGACCUCCCACAGCUACAGUAUCUAUAAUGCUGUCUAUGUUAUGGCCCAUGCUUUACAUGCUAUGUCCUCAUCUAGUCUCAAGCACAGUGUAAUGAAGAACAGAGGCAUGCAGAAAUGUCAGGGCCAAUGCCUUUGGCAGCUCCACCAGUUUAUGAAAGGCGUCUCAUUUAACAACAGUGCAGGGGAAAAAGUUUCCUUUGACCAGAAUGGGGAGUUAGCAGCUGGUUUUGAUAUCAUGAACUGGAUUUUCCCCGCAAACCAAUCCUUUCAUAGAGUGAAAGUUGGGAGGCUUGAUCCCAAAGCUCCUCCAGACCAAGCGUUCAAAAUCAAUGAGGAUGCUAUAAGAUGGCACAGGGAAUUUAACCAGGCACAGCCUCUAUCCAUGUGCACUGAGAGUUGUUACCCUGGUUCUUGCAAGAAAGUAAAGGAGGGUGAGCCAUCUUGCUGCUACGAUUGCAUUCCAUGCCCAGAAGGAAAGAUUUCAGACCAGAAAGAUGCAACUGAUUGUUAUAAAUGCCCAGAUGAAAAAUAUCCAAACGAAAGACAAGACCAAUGUAUUCCAAAGGAUGUCAGCUUCUUGUCUUAUGAAGAACCUUUGGGCCUCUGUUUAGCCUCUUUCGCUCUUUCAUCUUCUAUGAUCACAACUCUAGUGCUAGCAACGUUUAUAAAACACCACAAUACUCCCAUUGUCAAAGCCAACAACCGGGAUCUCACCUAUACUCUCCUCAUCUCACUCCUGCUUUGCUUCCUUUGUACAUUUCUGUUUAUUGGAGAACCCCAUAUGGUGAUGUGUCUCUUCCGACAAAGUGCCUUUGGCAUCAUCUUCUCAUUGGCUGUUGCUUGUGUGCUGGCAAAAACCACCACAGUGGUUCUGGCUUUCAUGGCCACCAAACCUGGAUCCAAAAUGAGGAAGUGGGUGGGAAAGAGUCUGGCCAGCUGCAUUGUUCUUUCCUGCUCCCUCCUCCAAGCACUUCUUUGUACUGUUUGGCUUGCAACCUCUUCCCCAUUCCCAGAUGUUGACAUGCACUCCUUCACUUCAGAAAUUGUAUUAGAAUGCAAUGAGGGGUCUGUGGUUAUAUUCUACUGUGUGCUUGGCUACCUGGGAUUCCUGGCAUUUGUCAGUUUCAUUGUGGCUUUCCUUGCCAGAAAGUUACCUGGCAGUUUCAAUGAAGCCAAGUUCAUCACUUUCAGCAUGUUUGUCUUUUGCAGUGUUUGGUUAUCAUUUAUUCCUUCCUACCUGAGCACAAAGGGAAAAUACAUGGUGGCAGUGGAGAUCUUCUCUAUUUUAACUUCCAGUGCUGGACUACUGGGUUGCAUCUUUUCCCCAAAAUGUUACAUAAUUAUCUUGAGACCUGAGCUGAACAACAAGGAACAGCUCAUCAGGAAAAAACCUCAAAUAAUGUAA